GUCCGUAACAGCAAAGCUAGUGGCUACUGCCUGGAUCAGGGAGCUGAAGAGGACGAUAAAGCAAUCCUUUACCCAUGCCAUGGAAUGUCCUCUCAGCUGGUCCGCUACAGCUCCGAAGGCGUCCUGCAGCUGGGGCCCCUGGGCUCCACAGCCUUCCUGCCGGACUCGAAAUGCCUCGUGGACGACGGGAAGGGCAGGACACCCACUCUGAAGAAGUGCGAAGAUGUCCUGAGGCCAGCACAGAGGUUCUGGGAUUUCACACAGAAUGGUCCAAUCAUCAGCAGAGACACCGGUCGUUGUCUAGAAGUGGAAAUGUCAAAGGAUGCAAAUUUUGGGCUCAGAUUAGUUGUGCAAAGGUGCUCGGGGCAAAAAUGGAUGAUUAGAAACUGGAUAAAACAUGGUCGACAUUGACUGCUGGGGCUGCGAAGCUGCCUCUCCUGCUACUGUCCAUCGCUCAGUGUGCCAUACCUCCAAGGCAUUUGUCCUAAAGCAAAUUAGUUUGAACAGGACUUGACUCUCGACAAUCCUCCAUAGCUGGGCAUUUAAAGAGAGGGGAAAAUAAAAGAAAAAGCAGACACACACAUGCCCUGUUUGACUCUUCGUUGUUCCUGAGGAUGCCCUGGGAAGCUUAAAAAGAGUUUUCUGUUGAUUUGGAAAUCAUGGGAUGGUCAGAACACAACAGAGAAGUGGGUGCUUUAAGCUCUCCUGGAAGAAUUAUAGACAGAUGGUUCUAUGAUGAGUUGAAAGGAGAG